CGCUCAAACGUCAGUGCGCUUCAAGGAACCGCCGCCUCCACUCGGGUUGAAGAAGUUGAUUCAUGAUUUCUAGGAAGUACAGUAUUACUUCAUUUACUACCUGGAUUAACUCGUAGAAUACCACCAAUUUUCCUGGUCACCCUUCUUGGUGUAACAUUUUGCCUGUCAGAAACUAUGCUGUGGAAACUAGCAGAUAACGUGAAGUACGAGGACGACUGCGAGGUAAAUUCUAACUAUACACAGAGACAAACCGCACGACAUUGGGCCUAAGUUUCAACAAGGCUAGGAUUUAUGAAAAAACUAUUUCAUGAAAAUGUUCUGGCCCUCAUGCGCACCAUCGCAUCUGAAAUUGGUAGCCUAUUUUAUCGAUAUUUUUCGUGCGACAAUAGCUUUUAGGCAGACUACUUGAUAAUAGCUUGACGGAAUGAAAACGACUUUAAUGCAACAUUUUUAAAAUGAUAAAUCAUUUUGAAUAAGACAGAUCAGUGGUCGGUUUAUGCUAUUUUCCGUUGUCACUAUUUGCUUUUAUGGAAUUCAGCUGGUGAAACUUCAAGGCAUUAGGGCACCCAUGUUUGGUUUUCUGGUUUCUUUGCAUUGUCAAUAUGUUUCUAGAUAUGAUACAUUAUUAGAUGUCUAUAGGCUAAUCUCGAUGGGCUUUGACUCUAUCCGCAGCAUCUCCUCGACUAAUGCAUUGUAGACUGACGCCAUGUAGUUUUGAUUUCAGUAAAUAACUUUUAGAUUAAGCUAUAUGGAUUGUAAAGUAAAUUUGUUACAUGAGUUGGAUUAUAAUGAUAGUGGAAAGCUUUUUGAUUUACUUAGGCUUAUUUCUCUGAGCUAGGCCAAAGUCAGGUUAUAGUAAAUAAUUACAAUUACAAAAUUAUUAUUAUUAUUAUAGGCCCACAUGUGUAGUAAAAUAGUCCCCUCCUGACUGUUUUAUGAGAGCCAAUCGUGGUGACAGCAAUAUCUCAACAGUCCACAGAGAUUGCAGAAAGGAGAAAUGCUGUUCGUUCCUUUCCUUUUCAGUUUAACAAAUUAUGCAUUAUUAGGCUACUUUGAAUACUGAAACCAUGUAUUGGUUUGGCUGGGAUGAACAGCGUUUUUCUGAAAAAUAGGUUAACCUCCAGAAAUUGAGUACUGCAAUAAAAUAAAUUGCCUUAUUUUGCCCACUAAAUGUGAGCCUAGGCAUGAAUGUGUAAAACAGUUCACAAUGUAGGCCAUGCUUUCUUAAACAAUGGUGAAAAAUAAAUCUCGAUGUCAGGCCUAGCUGUCAACACAGUUGUUAUUUCCAAUUUUGUCGACGAUUGUUGAUUAACUACGAAUUUGUUUGAUUGACAAGGGGCACAAAAUAUUAUAAUUUAUCUUAAUAUCAUUGUCAACCUUAACGAAGGUCUCUCUGUCCGCAGGAAAGGCACGACGGGAGUAGCAAUGGGAACCCCCGGUUACCUCACCUCCCCGCGGUGAGCCAGCACCUUUAUAGCCCGUCGCCAUCCCUCUCCCACUCGGCCAGCUCAGAAUUCCAACCUCCGUAUUUUCCGCCUCCCUACCAGCCUAUAUCAUACCCCCAGUCCAGUGACCCCUACUCGCACCUCGGCGACCCUUUCAACAUCAACUCCAUACACCAGUCGUCGAACCAGCAGCAAUCAUGGCCGGGGAGACAGGGUCAAGAAGGACUCGGACCUCAUUCUCGAAGCGGACUCGCUAGUCAGAUUCUGGGCCUGGAAGGCGGCUCGUCCGCCUUGAGGAGAGAAGGUUUCCGCCGGCCGGAGCUGCUAUCGCCUCACGCCCAUAGCAUCGAGUCAUCCGUCAUUGGUGAUAAUAUAGGACUACACGAAAUGGGCCAUGGCCUGGACGAUGUUCAAGUGAGUGAUUUCAUUGUGAUUUUGUUGCUGAAUGAAAUUGAACGAAGCAUGACAUCUAAAACAAUGGUUCCACUAAAAAUAAAUAGGCAUGCAACAUUUUAUUAUGGUUUCAUGUAAUGGAUGUAAUGUAAAUGUCAUAUUUCAUAAUAAACCCCCUUGUGUAAGAUUAAGUAAAACAUCACUUAUUUAAAACUUAUUUUUUCAGCAUGUAGAUGAUCACAGUAUUAUAAUGGCAGAUCAGACGGUCAUCAAAAAAGGUGAGUUUAUUUUACUUUCCACAUAGGUACUUUCCUACUGUAUAUUGACAAAUUGAGAAAUGCUUUUACCACUUCAAGACAAUAUUCACUUACUGGUUUGUGAGGUAGACAUGCUUGGUGUAUAAGGCACUGCUUGUGCAGUCAGCCAUUGGUGUGCAACAGGGAACAAGGAUGCAAUAGAGAAACAUUAAGUGCUAUUUCCAUCAACUCCAUCUCUGAGAUUGCUUGUUACUAAGUACAUACCUGGGAAAAUCGACUUCUACAAAUAUUUUGCACAGUGAUGUCCUUUGAUUUCAUUAUAAAAAUUCGGAAUGGGAAAGGCUUUUCGUUGUACUUGUUCGUACAUACAUCGAUAAUCCCCAUAGUCAUGAGGUGCACUUAACUAAGCCUAGUUUGACCCUGUAUGUAUUCUCGUGCUGAGGUCGUUUGAAUAGAGCACCAGAAAAAUAACCUUUUCAAAAUGGCAGGCUAUAGCUGACAAGAUGUAACUGUGAGGACAUUGUGCAAUCCUUGAAAUCCUGCAUUGACGAGAGUGAGUGAGAGAGAGUGAGAGAGAGAGUGAGAGAGAGAGUGAGAGAGAGAGAGAGAGAGAGAGAGAGAGAAGAGAGAGAGAGAGAGAGAGAGAGAGAGAGAGAGAGAGAGAGAGAGAGAGAGAGAGAGAGAGAGCGAGAGCUUUGGAUAGUCUUUAGAGGUCUAAGCUGGUGCAUUCGAGUCUUUUUGAAUUCCAGUUAAAAGCAGUCCAAUGGACUGUAAUUUCUCGAGACUCACUGGUGGGGUGUGGCGUCCUGCUUGCAAUUCAGUAAUUUGUUGGGGCAUGAAAUGUUUUGCGUGAGGAGGAUUCAGAGUAUUAUCUAUUACGCCAUUCCUUCAACAGUCUUUCACUCAGAAGAAGGUCAUGUUGUGCAUUGAUUUGAAAUUCUGCACCACUUUUGUAACUCAAUGAAUUUAUAGAUUUAUGUAGGUAUUGGAUUGAUCAUAUUAGUAGUAUAUGUAUUAUAGAUGUUGUAAGGUUUGUUAAAACAACAUCACUGUAGACAUAUAGGUUAAAGAACUGUAAUGAUAGAUAACAUUGUUGUGGAAUGGUGGGUGACUACAGAUAGUAGUGUGAAUGACAUGUCCUUAGCAACAUUGGCAAGAAUGGUAAAGAGUAGUUGAUGUUGUCUUUUCUGUAGUAAAGCCUACAUGUAUAAUGCUAAACUGCGCAACACGAUGAAGCAUGUGAACAAAUGUAUAGUUAACAUGAUAUAGAAUAGCCUAAUGUGCAUGCUCAAGUACCUAUUUAUGUUUUUAGCCAAAAGAUUUUGAUGGCCAUUUAGGCAGUAGAAGGUUUGAAUAUUAUAUUUAAUCCAGCUAUAACCAUUUGUGUUAAAGCUACCUAAAUGCUCCUAAUGCCUCGUUUUGCAUACAUAUUUUUCUCAAUUGCAGGCAUUUUGGAUUUCAGACACUCAUAACAUUGGUGGACAUUGUUGAUUUUCAGAUUGGAAUCAAUACGAUAAUCUGAUCAAACAUACAGUAUUAAGGAGGUAGCAAGUUGUACGAUAAACAAAUAGUUGUCGUUAAAAUGUGCGAUGGCUGACUUUAUUGGUCUUACCCUCAAUGGCAGACUGUGGGUAGCCUACAGCCUACUGUACAUUCUAAACGGUGACAGCAAAACUUCCCUCGUAGCCAUUUAGCCAAUAGAUGAGCUCUAAAUCAUAAUUUUGCCCCCCUUUUGUGAUUCUUCUCUCAGUACUAGGACUACGAGGGGGCAGGAACUUUGAUCACUUACAGAGGACUUAUUAUGAGGGGGGCAUUCUUGCUGGUGAGGACGAAGGUAUAUGUAGUGUACGUCUAUGUUUGUCUGGGUGUGACUUGUUUGGUUUGACCCUUGAACUUUUGACCCAAAAUGGCCACCCAGUUUGCCAGUUGGGCAAGUCUUUAAUUAGGUUAUUUUUAGUCACUCAAUUAGAAGUAGCUACAGACCUUUGAACGUUUAAUCCAAAAUGGCCGUCCAAUUUGGGCCCUGUUUCUUCAGAUAGGCAAGGCAGGGAUAAGGGAUUAAUUGGGAAGAUUGCAAUUGCAUACUCCUCACGUCCUCUCUCCUUGUCUCCUUCUCAAAACCCAUUGGAGGAGAAGGUCAGAGGGGAGGGACCUCUGGCUUUCUCAUCCAAUGGGUUUUGAGAAGGAGAUGAGGAGAGAGGAGAGAGGACGCGAGGAGUAAGCAAUUGAGAUCUUCCCUCUGUGAAGAAGCAUGGAGCAGUUGUGGAUGUGUGCGGAUGUCAUGUCAGUGGGUGGUAGGAAUGAGGGGACUUUUAGCUGUGACACCGCAGAUAUUAUUUUUAGUGUACAUUUUGGCUUCCACAAAGGAAACAUGUUUGUUGUUUACGUGUAACAGUUCAGUCACCCAGAUUUUUUACAAAUCAUUAUGAUGGUGUUAAAUGUCACAGUUUAUUAUAAGGAAAAUCAUGUUAAAGUUGGAAUCCAAGCUGCAGUGUUUGGAGGUUACAAAAAGUGUGAAUGACAUUUACAACUGUCAGCAAACGCAGCCAGCCUUGAUGACUCAAAACCAGAAUUUGUCAAAGAAACAGUGUCUUCUCCCGGAACAUUUUUACAAUGUAGCACAACCUCCAGAAAGUCCAAUAAUGUUGUAUAAUGUCCGUCUGUCCUCCCUUUAAACAAAAAUUCCCAAUGGGACAAUACAAAUACAUUUACCUUGAUACUCCAACUUUUACUCUUACUUUUACUAAUCCUACCAUUUCUCUUCACAUCUAUAUUAACCUACACCCAUACGAACCUCUCCUCUCUCUCCACCCCUUUCCCAGGCCCCAUGUCUCUCCCCAAGGGCAACUCAUUGGGCCUGCCCUUCCAGAAGGAGUCCCUGCUAGGCAUGGUGUCCAACCCCACCGAGGUGUUCUGCUCGGUGCCCGGACGACUCUCGCUUCUCAGCUCCACCUCCAAGUACAAGGUGACAGUGGCAGAGGUGCAGCGGCGUCUGUCCCCUCCCGAAUGCCUCAACGCCUCCCUGCUGGGGGGAGUCCUGCGCAGGUCAGUAUCCACACAACGUGAAUCCAUUAUGAGAUGGUUCUAAGACAUUAUAAGGGGUGUGAAACAUGUAUUGCAAAGCAUUUUAACAUCAUCAUAAUACGCUAUACCUGUCGGCUUUAAGUUUAGUUUUCGCCUGAACAUUUAAAUAAACAAAUGCAUCAUAACUGCAUCGUAAUGUAUUAUACCGGCAGGUGUUACUGUUUUUUAUUGGGUGCAAUUGUGAACAAUGGCCAACAUCUAGUUCGUUAAAAUUUGGUUCACAGCAGCUCAAAGGAUCAGUGAUUGUGGUACAGCUGAUGUGAUGUGGUGUAGUUAGGAGAUCACGGUGAGAUGUGCAUACAAUAUAUGUCUCAGUUUAGUCUGAUAUUGCUGCUGUUUUACAGCUAUUGUUAGUGAGCUACUUCCGGUUGCUGGACACUAAGCUAGUAAAAGAUUGUAGGUCUAUACUCAGUUGUACACUCUUAGAAAAAAAGGUGCUAUCUAGAACCUAAAAGGGUUCUUCGGCUGCCCCUUGAAGAACCCUUGUUCGUUCCAGGAAGAACACUUUUGGUUCCAAGUAGAACUGUUUUGAUUCUACUUGGAACCUAAAACGGUUUUACCUGGAACCAAAAAGGGUCCUCCAAUGGGGACAGCCGAAUAACCCUUUUGGAACCUUUUUUAAUAAGAGUGCAGGUCUAUACUGUGAAAGUUCAUACCUGGUUCAUGGACAGACAUUAGUUUAGGAACAUUUAGCAAAGUGUUUCUCUAAAAGCAGCUUUGGCUUUGUUGCUGUUCCUCUUCAGUGUUUGUGUGGAUGCACCGUGACUACCUUUGUGUGUGCUCUGCAAUUCCGGGUUCUUCGCUUUGGGGAUAUGUUACAUCAGAGUAGCUAGCACCAGUAUGUUAGAGUGUGUUUGUGUGUGUGUGUGUGUAUCUAUGAGUUCAGGGGGGGGCUACAGGGCUGUUUUAAUUGCUGCUGAGCAGUUGACCUUCUGACCCAUAUGUCAGCAGGCAGUCUGUUGAGGGACUAGGGGGUUCGCCCCUGACCAGGGCUCCUGCCUAUUUUUGCUGGGAAUGCAAGUUUUUUACUUCCCCUGUGCCCCGGCUAGUGCCACACGCAUGAAUGCCGCUUACACACGCACACACACACACACACGCACACACACACACACACGCAUACACACACACACACACACGCACAGACACACACACACACACACACACACACACACACACACACACACACACACACACACACACACAUAAACACAAUCUGAGGCACUGUUAAGUAGGUCAUGAAGCGAUAGGAGGGGGUGUGGAGGGAGGGAGGCAGUCACACACGCCUCCCCAAAGACGCUGUCUCUCUCACCCGCCACGGAGGGAGCGAAGCCUGCCACUCAGUCAUGCGGAAAACUGAAUUGGCUACAGCGAGUGGAGAAUGUUAGUGUUUGUGUGUGUGUUUAAGUGAGUGAGUGAGUGUGUGUGAUUUCCCUGCUAUGUUCUUAGGGCGGGAGAAGCAUCAUUUGUGUCAUUGUGUAUUUUCUUUUUAGGUUAGGAUGGGUAUCAAGGCUCUUUUUCAUUUGAUUUUAUUGGUUUUCAAAAAUGUAAGAUGAGCCUUUUGCUGCUAGGUUUUCUCAAAGUGGUAGGAAGUCUGAAGUUACGGUGACAGUAGCCCUUACAACAUCACUUAUUGAUGCUUACUCUUCGCUUCAUAGAAAAACCAUUCCAUCACAAAUAGCCUAUAGAAUAUGCUAUAUUCUUUAGUUAGAGGGACCGUUUUGAAUUCAGACACCACAAUUUCUUCACUAUAAAUUACCCCAUUGUGGCCUUGUUUAUAUGAAAGGGGACAUUUGUCAAGUAACGAUGAUGACACUAACUAUCUUUGCCCUUAUUUCUCCUACAGAGCCAAGUCUAAAAAUGGUGGCCGGUCAUUGAGAGAGAAGCUGGACAAGAUUGGGCUCAAUCUGCCCGCUGGAAGGAGGAAGGCUGCUAAUGUCACCCUGCUAACUGCACUGGUAGAAGGUACGCUGCCCAAUGUUUCCCUCUUCAUAUAUAAAACUGUGGUCAAUGAACCUCAACAUAUAUGACAUCAUAGAAAUACAAUGCUUAGAACUCGUCUCCAUCUUUACUCCUUGAACAAGUUGGCUCGUCCAAAAUGGAGAGCCAAUUGAAUUCAUUGUUGCACAUAUAAUACACAGAGAUGUGAUAAGCAACAUUUGGAUUGAUCUUUGUAGAUUUGGAUGAUCUUUGUAGUCAUCCUGGCCCAUCAAAGAUGGUUGUUUUCUUUACACCACUUCCACUGGUGUUGUACCAUCUAUUCAUUAUAUUUAUAUGGUGAACCUAAACUCUGCGAUCUGUUACUGUGACAUGAUUAUCUAUAUUAUUAUUAUAUUUCCUGUAUAAAACUUACUGUAACUUGGCUUCAAAAGUAGCUGUGGCUGGUCUUUGUCUUGUAAUUUCCUCAUUUUGACCUAGCUGAUGUUUGAUUUUGUCUUUCACUACAUUUCUCUGCCUUUGACAAUCAAGGAAGCUUUGACGUUAUCCACCCUGACUGUCAUGGUGACAUUUUAAGGUUAGCAAGCAGCAGGCCAAGACCUGUAGAGCAAGAGAAUAACCCUGAAACACAACUUCAUGGAGUCCAACCCUGUCUAUUAAGUCUGUAACAUUAUCUAAUACGGCACAUGCGACCAAAGGACAAAGAAACGUGUAGCUUGUAACCUUCCUGUCUUUCAAAUCACACAUAAACUCUUCAAAGAUGUAAAAUACCCAUCUCCUGAAAUAAUUUUCAGGGCAAAAUAUUUCAUUAAGAUUUUUCUUGUUUCAAUUAUUGUUUUUAGGCAGGAUAGUCACCUCUGUCUACUUUUUCAUUAAAUCUGGUCUUUGACGCUUUCGUUAGUCAUACCUCGGCUAGACAAUGUCUAAGCAAUGACGCAUAGCUGUGCGCCUAGCCAUCCGAAGCUACGUGUCAUUUCGUUUCUGGUUCGGUGCAGGAGAAUGACUCGGGGCCAGUAUUAUUUAGAGACCUUCAAAGUCUGAAUUAUGGCUUGUUAUAACGUGUUUGACUUGCCAGGGGGGUCAACUGACCUUAAAGCCUAGUGUUUCUGCAUAGCUACAUUCCCCAAGUGAUGUGUGUGUCUAUCAAUAAGUGGCUCUGUUUGGUGCUACAGGCCGUCCAGGUGCAGUUAGCCACAUACGCCCAUUAAAGACCAUGCAGGAAGUCCCCCCUGAAGAUGGGAUAUAUUCAUCUCAGUGGCACAGCUUCCCCCGAGCCAAGAGACUGAGCGCAACUGAUUAUUUACGUUGCACCACUUCAAUGUUCCCCUUUUUACAUAUAGUGCCCCCUGUGGGAUGUGGUAUGUCAGCAAGACCACAUUCGCAUUUGUCUCUUAGAUAAGAGUUUUGUGUGUUUUUGUGUGUGUGUUUGUUUGUGUGUUUUAUGUGUGUGCAACACUUGUGUGUUUGUUGAGUUUUCAAACUGUGUCUUUGUCUUUAUAGGUGAAGCCCUUCACUUGGCAAGGGAUUUUGGCUACGUGUGCGAGGCAGAGUUUCCGGCAAAGGCCAUCGCUGAUUACCUGUGUCGACCACAUGUGGAACGCAAUGAGGUCAACUCCCGCAAGAACAUGCUCCUUGCUGCCAAGUGAGUCUCUCUCUCUCGUUCUCUCCUCCAAAUGAAGGGAUGUAAUUUACAUAAAAGCCCUGCGGGUUUUGAACGUACGUGAAGGUUUGGACUCGGUUAACAUGUUUUCAAGUAGUUUUCAAUCUGCUAUUGAUUAAUAAAACAUAUUGAUGUCUUGGCUACUUUUAAGACCUCCCAAUUUCAUAGUGUCUACAAGAAACAGUGUACGCCUAUAAGUGGAUCAUUGUCACCUAGACAUAAAUCCAAUAGUCCAUGUCUGGGUCAUGUACAUUUCAUUACCUUUAUCUAAUUCCUGUCAUCUUUUGUUAAAUUUUUUUGGUGUUGGGGGCGGGGGGGAGGGGGAGGAGUGGAUCAGCUUUAAUAUUGCAGAUAGAUUGCAGCUUCUAUCAAUGUAAUUGUCUCCAUCAUUUCCAAUCCCCCACAUGUAUUCUUUUGUAAAUAUAUAUAUUAUUUUAAAUAUAUAUAUAUUUUAAAAUAUAUUUUCCUUCUUUAUUAUUUUCCCCUAACCCUACCACCCUUCCCCUAAUUGGAGUAAACAAAUGGACAACAAUACUUAGGCUUCCACUUCCAUACUACAUACAUUUCACAGACAGUAUAUUUUACAUUCGUUUUCUUUUGUUUGUUUUUAGUCCCAGCCUUCAGCUACCCUCAACCCCGCCCAUAUAUCUGAAGACCAUCCAGUUUUGAUUUCUAGCUGCCAUAUAUUUUUCUGCUGUGAUGUUUCACAAAAGUUCUGAACCUUUCUAUUCUCAUCAUUUCUACAGGAUUGUAAAUUAUUAUUAAAUUAUAUUAUUGAUCGAUUGACUAUGACUUUUCAAAUCACCCAGCAGUUCUAUUUGCAGAGUUAGCUUCAAGUAAAUGUUGCAAUAUUUCUGCCAUUCCUGAACCUGUGACCAAAAACAAGCUACAUAUGGGCAGUACCAAAAAAGUGAUCUAAUGAUUCUGUCUCUUCGAAGCAAAAUAUGCAGAGCUGGGAUGGUUGUAUUCCCCAUAUAUAUAACUUUCUAUUGGUUGCAAGAAUUUUGUAUAAUAAUUUAAAUUGAAAAACUAAGUUUUGAAUCGGCGUCGUUUUGUGUAUCAGUUCAUAGACCAUGUGACAUGGAAUCGGUACAUCAAAAAUCUCCUCCCAACUAUUUUGCAACCUGUACGUUUUUUGGUUCUUAAAUGAAACUGGUAUACUUCUUUAUUUAUCACAAUUUUCUUUAGCCAAUUUUGGUCUUUAAAGCAAGACCGACAGACAAGUUCCUCACCUUAUACCUUCAACAUAAAUCCAAUACUCUAUGUCUUGGUCAUGUACAUUUCGUUAACCUUUAUCUAAUUUUUAUUUUUGACAGGCAAAUCUGUAAGGAGUUCACCGACCUGCUGACUCAGGACCGCUCGCCUCUGGGGAACUCGCGACCGGCGCCCAUCCUGGAUCAGGGAAUCCAGAGCUGCCUGACCCACUUCAGCCUCAUCACCCACGGAUUCGGCUCACCCGCCAUCUGCGCCGCCAUGACCUCCCUCCAGAACUACCUGAACGAGGCCCUCAAACAGGUGGACAAAAUGUACCUGAGCUCUGGCAGCGACACGCAGGGCUCCUCCGACAACGGUAGCAAAGCCUCCGACAAAAUGGAGAAGCACAGGAAAUGAGGAAAUGCUCUCCCGUUGGACUGUAUAGCCCCCCUUUCCCCUUUGGACUACUUUGACAUCCUAUUUAGUAGCGAAAUUGGUCGAUAUGAUUCCGAUUCUAGAUCGUUUGGGUUUUCGCACAGUUGAAUUUACAAUUUCCCCUAUUAUGGCCUGUGCUCUUUUACGAGUAGAGUUUUUCAAAAGACUUGUCCUUUCUUUUGCCCUGUUACUACCAUUGGCUGGUUUCAAUGCGAGAUCGACCUACCUUGGUGCCUACUGUAAUAGUAGGUGCUUAAGCUGCUUACAGCCAAAGGGCCUGGACUCUGUUGACAUGGGGAAAGGAACAGAAAACAGACUUUGUUGUUUCCCUAUAGGACAUAAUUUCAAGAUGGGUCGCUGUGGCUGUAAAUUCUUUUCAGCUUUUUUUCCCUCCUCUUCUGUCUGGAGACAAAUCCUCUGAUUUCCUGUGUCUCUUCCGCGGUGCUCAGUUCCCAUUGGACUUACCAAAGGACACUUUUUUUUACUGGAGAUAAGAAAAUCCACUUCAUUCUUGUUUUCUUUGUUGCUUAAAUUUUCAUAACGACUUCAAUGGGUACAGUGUUAUUGUGCUUUGUU